AUGACUACCGCGGAUCACGCUGGUGUAAGGAUGGUGCAAACCGAUGGCACCCAUUCCCUUGCGCUAUACACCUACGGCCCGGAACCGGCCGAUCCUCAUGAUGCGGCGGUACUGUUUGUCUCUGGUGUCGCAAGCAGCAGGCUCAACUGGUCAGCCGUCGUGCGACAGCUCUCUGCAUCCAUGCGCUGCUUCACCUACGAUCGCGCCGGUUAUGGGUUAUCCGACAGCGCUCCGUACCCGCCCACAGCCGAGAAUAUUGCGACAGAUAUCCAAUACCUUGUCGAGAACGUUCCCUUCGAGAAUCCUCUCAUCCUCGUCGGUCAUUCUUGGGCCGGCGUACUGAUCAACGAAUUCAUUGCGCUAACAGGGAAUGGCCAUCACAUUGCCGGGCUGGUACUUGUCGACGCUAACCACGAGACACUGCCACAAGUCUUGAACGUCAACGACCCGGAUCUCCAAGCCAUGUCCGAGGGCAUCAACCCAUAUAUUGCCAAAGGCAUUGCCGCAGACCACAAACUGACGCAGCAGGAAUGGGACGCACUUAUGGCUGAUGAAGCGACCGAGAAGUACGCGGCGAUUGCGCGCAUGGAAGAAGACGAGUACGCAGCAAGCUUCGCGACGCUGCGCGACAAGGAUUUGAGUGCCCAUCAGCCGCUUCUCAGACAGAAGCCUAACCAAUAUAAGGCGACGGAUUAUGCACAAUCCGCGCCCGAUUUGGUAUCGCGUUAG